CCCACCCUUUCUGUGAUGACCAAUCAAGUUCAAGGCUCAGACUUUUCAAGGAUAGAGACCCCUGAUGUAUUUGACCUCAGUGUUAGAACUCCCAAAGCGACACUUUGUCUCAAGACUUCUGCGUUGGAGGUGACAACAGGAGGACACAGCAACAUGCAACACAUUUCUGACUCCAAAUCAAAUCUAAGCAUGUCCAGGUCCCCUCCAGCAGCUGACUCAUAUCAGCAGGGCUGCAUCAGGAUGACCCUGGAGAACGCCGAUCUCUGGAAGUCCUUUCACAGCAUCGGAACAGAGAUGAUUAUAACAAAGCAUGGAAGGAGAAUGUUUCCACACUGCAGCAUCAGCCUAUCUGGGCUCCAACCUUUUGCCAAUUAUGUCAUCAUGGUGGAUAUGGUUCCUGUAGACAACUUCAAAUAUAAGUGGAAAAAGGAGCAGUGGGAGGUCGCGGGGAAGGCAGAGCCCCAGCCCCCGUGUCGGACAUACAUGCACCCGGACUCCCCUGCCCCGGGAAGUCACUGGAUGAAGCAGUCGUUGUCUUUUCUCAAGAUGAAGCUCACCAACAACACCUUGGACCAGCACGGCCAUAUCAUCCUGCACUCCAUGCAUCGCUACUACCCCAGGUUCCAUGUCACCCAGGCAGACAGUCCUUACGCUGUCCGCUGGGGCCCAUUUCAGACCUUCUCCUACCCAGAGAUGACCUUCACCGCAGUGACCGCUUACCAAAACCCAAAGAUCACCAAAUUGAAGAUUGAUCACAACCCUUUCGCUAAAGGAUUCAGGGAGGGAGGCACCCAUUCCCACAGUAAAAGGUGUCGUUCGAAUAGAAGUCCCCCUGCAAAAAGAGCCACACUGGACAGGAAAGCUCUUUGCAACAGUCCUCCAGGCCUGCAGAGGAUGCCCUGCACCUCUCAGUCAGUGCAGGCGGGGAAGAAUCAGGCCUCCGCACAGCAGUCAUUGAAGGGGGGACACCUUUCAGCCUGGGCUCUGGAGCAGGACCCAUCUGAGAGUCCGCAUGCUGAGCUCCUGGAGCUGCACGAGUACAAUUACAGCUGUGAAGAACAGAUGGUGCCUGCAUCCGUGGCAUACCAGCCCUACAGAUCUGCGGAGUACACCAGAUUUCCUUUGCCUUCCAAUGACGUAGAUGCAGCGCACACCCCCGUCCACCCUCCACCUCAUCCACUUGUCACAGCUGAACACAACACCCAACAACAUGGCUACUACCACCAUCCCCACCACCACAGCCAUACGACGGAUUGGAGCCAGUACCCGCUCUUCUCCUACUCCUGUUGGUGAACUUAGACCCUUGUCACUGGUGACAUCAUUGAUGCAGGAUAAAGGAAUGCUGUGGGCCUGCAACUGACAGUCCACUCCAGUAGUCUGUGUUAAAAGUGUAUAAUUGUGUAUAACGUUUCAUGUAUUUCCAAGAGCUUGAAUUCUAUGUGGGUGUCACUGGACAAAAAUUGUAUUCACCUAGAGUGGAGAUUCAUGUUUUCCUGUCUUUUUAUAUUCUUUAUCACACACAUGCUACUUCAGUUUGAGCAUGCACGGUUGUCUAUGUUAAAGUUGAUACAGUAUGUGUUUUUAGACACAGUAUAUACAGUAUAUUGUGCUGUAUCCAGUCAGCUGGGAAAUAAGUGUGAAAUUGAAUCUGCAGGUGUGAUGAAUAGAUACCCAUCCUCUUAUAUUGAUGAUGUGCUCAUCUAUGGCAGACAGCUGGAAUUGCUUAAAACACAAUAUAAUAUAAAAAUGACUGAAUAGAAUGCAUAACAAAAUGUACUUUUACUCAACAUCAAACUGUGAAAAAAUAUAUAGUUUUAGAGCCAUAUCAGAUAAGUCAUAUUGUGUCAGAAUCAGUACCUGCAUCAAAAAAGUGACAAAAUUGUAUAUUGGUGUUUAGAUGCGGAGGAAGGUUUUAUCACAAUAAAAUGGAGAUAAACAACAAUGAGUAAACAUUCAAGAAUGCUUUUAAGUAUUUUGAUUAGAAUUAAGGACAUACCGCUAAUCUGAUUUUUAGAUGGCUGUGCUGAAGAAAUUUGAAUGUGGUAGCACUAGAGGAAAAGUAAUUAGUCAUUAGGGUACAUUUUCUGGGGAUCAUGAAUGUGUGUUAAAAAUUUCAUGGUAAUCCAUCAGAUAGUUGUUGAGAUAUUUCAGUCUGGACCAAAGUGGUGAACCGACCAAUCACCCAACAUUGCCAUCUACAGAGCAGUGCCGCUAGUGUGGGUAAAAAAUUGGAUAAUUGAUUCAUAUUGACCUGCCAUGGUGCAACCAUAGUUCCUGUUCCCACCAACAACACAUAGAUAAUACAGCUCGCUACUCUACAGCACACUUUCAAAUGAAUCCAAAAAAGGCAUAAUGUACUGGAAACUACACUUUCUGUGGGAUCAUGACCCUGCUAUCAAAUGUCACAAGAACACCUUUAAGCGCAAGCGUUACACAACAGCAUAUUUAGGGGCGAGAAGGAUGGAGCAAUGAGA